UUCUCGCCGGCGCCCGGGGAUCGAACCUGGGACCACAGGAUCACGUGUACAGUGUUCUGUCCGCUCAGCCACCGGCUCCCUCCCUGUAACUGAUGUGUCCCAGUAGAGGGAAGCCAUAUCAAGAGAAGAGCUUCAGGAAACCAUUUGGGCUCUCUCAGAAAGAAGUGUUUCAUUACAUUCAACACUGGUUUUCUGAAGGGAGCCACAUUGGCUCCCUAAAGAUGUCACACUGAUUAAGUGCCAUACUACUAGUAGUCAUCAGUCGCAGAGUUCUAUUGGCCUACCUGAGACCGCGAGCCGGAACUUGGCAUCCCUCUUGAGAGGCGAAGCACGUGAUGGUCUAUAAGCAAUUUAUAUUUAAAGUUUAACAUCUUUCCCACCAUCGGGGAAGCACCCCGAAAGAUAGGAUAGGACUGCACGAUUUAAAAAUGAGACCGAAGCCUCAACAGUGUCAAAAGAACUACCCAACAAUGAAAUGAAGAACCAAAAUCUGUGAAAUCUACUCCCUGCUAAUUUGCCCUACCUCGCCCCCUCAUUUUGGGAAGGAAGGAGCUGGCACGGGUCAGGCAUGUCCUCUACCGUUCAGUUCUACACUGUCUGUGCUUGGUGUUUCUUUGUGUUGUCUGUGCUUGGUGUUUCUUUGUGUUGUGGCUGUGCUUGGUGUUUCUUUGUGUUGUCUGUGCUUGGUGUUUCUUUGUGUUGUCUGUGCUUGGUGUUUCUUUGUGUUGUGGCUUUUCUGACCAGUUUUCUGGGUUUGCAUCUUUAUGCCAUUAGAGUCCAAGGAAGUGUCCUAUGUCCUAGCCAACAGUCUGUCCUGUUUGUCCUGUUUUCACGGAAUGGUCUGUCAAAUGACAAUUCCUUCCUCUGGCUUUGCUGGGUAUACGGAUGCCCUGAUGUCGAUCUCUUCACAUUGGUGUGGUCUUGGCAUUGCCAUCUUUACGCUGCACCAUUUCCCGAAUGCGAGGUCCUCGUGGUUCUUGCUCGGUAUCCGAACCUGUCAAACCCAGGUGUUUUUCCAGGCUCCGCCUCUAUUAGAAGUUCGGGGCAAGUGAUGUACCUCACUGGUUCGGCCUUCUCUUCAGAGUGACAUAUCUGGAGUUCUUUACGAGUUUUUAUCACCAUAUGUAUGGUGGUCAGGUUGACGGUGUCCCACCUGAGGUCUUCCUCUUAGUGACAGUAUGAGGUUUCUUGGUGGUCUUUUCACCAUUUUUUCUCUUUUCUUCGUUGUCUUUCCGCCAUUUCCAACAGAGGUUUUUUUGCUCUCGAUCGGUAUCUUAUGCCAGAUAGUUAUUUUUUAUCGUGCGGCAUUGGCAGAGCUGCUUUUGUUCGUGUUCAUGGUGGAUGCAUCUUUGGCGCCAUUUCACAAGGUUUCUGAUGUCUUGUUUCACCUCCAAUCUGCUCAUGUGCCGCCUGAGCCUGCCUCAUCGUUAGAUUGGAUUCUUUUUCUCUUUUGUCCCCUUUACGGUGGGCCCUAUGGUCUGGGAUUGUUUUCAGAAAGGUUUGUUUUGCUUUCCUUGGCCUCUCAUUGAUGGGUUUGUGAGCUUCCCGCUCUGCUCCGGCAUUGGGGAUAUUAUUCUUUUGGUCAUGGUGGUCAUUUUGUUCAGUUGUGGCUGGCUCCUUUUCUGUUGAAGAAUGAGUCGGCCGGCUUUCGCAUGGGUCCUUUAGUUGUGGAUGCGUGAUUAGUUUGGUGUCUUGUGGCAGCUUUAUGCCACUUCGUGCCACCAGUUCUGUUUCAGUUGACUUGUUUUGGGUUGGUCCGGUUUCUCUGGUUCCAUGUUCCAUGGCUCAUAUUUAUCAGAUUGUCUGAUAAAUAAUAUCUUAAAUAAAUAAUAUAAAAAUCUUGUCCGCAGUGUCAUUUGGCUUUACUAGCCUGUGGUCAAUUCUUGGGCUCAUAAUGACUGGAAGUGUGCUGCUCUGAUGGCUGUAUUUGGUGGCUGUCAUCUCCCUAGUAAGUGCCUUCUUUUUGUCCUUCUCUGUGGGGUAGUUAGUCCCGUCGACUCCUUGAAGCUUCCCCUCAGAAAACCAGCAUUGAAUGUAAUGAAAUGCUAAUUUCUGGGUAAGCCCAGGAGGCUUCCUGACACCCUCCCUCCUCCAGGUUGUUGGCGUGUUUUAUCAUUAUAGAACUGACUGGUGGGGGGCCCCACUGACCCAGACCGGCUUGCACCUCCUCCCCUCAAUUGAGGGGGGGAUGUGGGACAAGCAGGGGCUAGUUUUGCAAAAUUUUAAUUUUGUUUUCAUUGUUCGGGAGUUCUUUUGGUGGUGGUGAGGCUUCGGUCUCUUUUUCUAAAUCAUACAGUAGUUUUUGAUUCACCUGUCUGUCUGGAUGCUUCCUUGGUGGUGACAAAGAUGAUAAACUUUACAUUUAAAGUGUUCAUAGGACAUCACUCCUUUCGCCACUCUAAGAGUGGGGGGGGGGGGGCAGGUUCUGGCUCGUGGACCCAGGUAGGACAAUAGAACUCUGUGACUGAUGACUACUAAAAGUAUGGCACUUAAUCAGUGUAAUAGCUCCAGGGAGCCUCCGGGGCUCGCCAAGAAACUGGUGUUUCAUUAUAUUCAACGCUGGUGUUUUUUUUUUUAAUUAUCUCUCUAAAAGCUUAUGUUGUAUACUUUAUUUUUCUAUGUAGGAAUUGGGGCAUAGCUAUUUACAUGUCUGAAUAUGUUCUUAUGGUUUGAAGGAAUUUAUAUUAAUAUAUCUAGUCGGAGGGAUAGUGUUCUAUAAUAUUAAUCUAAUGGCUCAUUCAGUGCUUCCCUAAUGUAUGUUGUGUAUUUGUUUGUCCAGUUUUAGAUACUGUACUCAUUCCUAUAAGCAUUUCAUGUUUCAAUACACCAGGUAAUGAAUAUAUUCAUUAGUCACAUCAUGUUGCCCACUGUAGGUCUCAUGAUAUAUGAUAGCAUUUGAAGUAAUUGUCUUGUGUCCAUUGAGAUCCUUAAAAAGAAGUGUAUUUAUGAGAUUAUUAUUAUUAUUACAUGUUUCUUUUCAGCUAAUUUUGAUAGUGUUUUGGCACUAUGUAUUGUACAAACAUUUGAUGGCAUAUUUUACUUAUGAAACUAAAAAGUGUUAAACACAGAAUAGUCAAGGAUUUUGACACUUAAAAGUUAACAACAUUACACUUAGAAUCUAGAGGUAGAUCUUGUAUAAGAUCCCAGUUCUACUGGGAAUCCAAAGGUAGAUCUUGUAUGAGAGGUAGUUCUACUGGGAAUACAGAGGUAGAUCUUGUAUGAGAGGUAGUUCUACUGGGAAUACAGAGGUAGAUCUUGUAUGAGAGGUAGUUCUACUGGGAAUACAGAGGUAGAUCUUGUAUGAGAGGUAGUUCUACUGGGAAUACAGAGGUAGAUCUUGUAUGAGAGGUAGUUCUACUGGGAAUACAGAGGUAGAUCUUGUAUGAGAGGUAGUUCUACUGGGAAUACAGAGGUAGAUCUUGUAUGAGAGGUAGUUCUACUGGGAAUACAGAGGUAGAUCUUGUAUGAGAGGUAGUUCUACUGGGAAUACAGAGGUAGAUCUUGUAUGAGAGGUAGUUCUACUGGGAAUACAGAGGUAGAUCUUGUAUGAUAGGUAGUCCUACUGGGAAUCUGUAUUUUAUAUUAUGGAAAGUUGCAUUUAGCCAGAAAUAUCCUGAGUUAAUUAAAAGGUAGUUGUCUCAUUAUUGAAAUACAGUAAUACAGACUGAAAAUCUCUCUCAUCAACUCUGCUUUCAGCAUAUUUUAUCAAUAAGUAUGAAAUAGUAUUUCAUGAAUAUUUUAUUAAAACUAUGCUUGUGGAGAAUUUUGAUGACAUGCAAGAUCUAUGCCUUUAUAUGCAAAUAAGUGACUAAGUGUAUCAAGUGCAAUGCUUGCUCAAGUUCUCAUUCCAUAGGAGAUGUAUGUAAUAAUUUGUUAAAAGUUUGAAUGUGUUGCAAUAUAACUGCGGGUGGGCACAGGUGCCGAGUGCUUCACCUGUGUUGCUGGACGUGGGCAGGUGGGCACAGGUGCCGAGUGCUUCACCUGUGUUGCUGGACGUGGGCAGGUGGGCACAGGUGCCGAGUACUUCACCUGUGUUGCUGGACGUGGGCAGGUGGGCACAGGUGCCGAGUACUUCACCUGUGUUGCUGGACGUGGGCAGGUGGGCACAGGUGCCGAGUGCUUCACCUGUGUUGCUGGACGUGGGCAGGUGGGCACAGGUGCCGAGUGCUUCACCUGUGUUGCUGGAUGUGUGCAGGUGGGCACAGGUGCCGAGUGCUUCACCUGUGUUGCUGGAUGUGUGCAGGUGGGCACAGGUGCCGAGUGCUUCACCUGUGUUGCUGGAUGUGUGCAGGUGGGCACAGGUGCCGAGUGCUUCACCUGUGCUGCUGGAUGUGUGCAGGUGGGCACAGGUGCCGAGUGCUUCACCUGUGCUGCUGGAUGUGGGCAGGUGGGCACAGGUGCCGAGUGCUUCACCUGUGUUGCUGGAUGUGGGCAGGUGGGCACAGGUGCCGAGUGCUUCACCUGUGCUGCUGGAUGUACAAAGUCUUGAUGAAUCGUCCUGAUUUAUUGUUCCUGAGUGGCACUGGUAUUUAUUAUACACUCUUAACUAUUUAUUCCAGUAAUUUUAGCUUUUUACUGAUAGACUCUAAUCCUAAUUACAUGUAUAACCAUAGAAUUUUUGUAAUAUAUUGAUUUCAUAUUAUUUUCAGUCAAAAUUUAGUUUUCAGUCUGAAAUGCAAUACGUAUUUGCAGGGUGUCGGCUAAUACAGUACUGUAUUUGAAAAUGCUUUAAAUGAAUGAUUUCAGCCUCUUAAGCAGAGAGCUUUGCUAUAUCAUAUUUUGAAUAAAUAAAUAUUGGACUAGCAGAUAUAAUAAGACUGAUAACCUAACUGAUGGUAUUAUGAUUGUAAUGUGAAUUGACAAUAUUAACUUUGUUUCUAAAAAAAAAAAAAUCGUAGAUGCUAUUAUAAUAUCGUAAGGUUAACUGCAAUUGACAUUAAUGUUAAGUUAGCCUUGAAGUAAAGACUUCCUUAAAGUAUUAAUCAGUAACAGUAGGCGAGGUGCUCUUGAACCUAAUUAUGAAUUAAAAGACAAACUAAAGAUAUAAGCUGUGGGUCAGAUGGUAUUUAUAAUGAUUGACAACAUAUCACCUUAGUUACUAAGUGACAACUAACCCAAGUUCCUUGUUUAGUAUUUUUCACUUCUGUUUAUUGUAUUUUACAGCGGUUAUAUUUUGUAAUGUAUUUAAUUUGCUUUCACAUUUGUUUUUUCCCCAAUAUAGUAUUUAUUUUGGCUUAGGUUUGGAUGCAAAAUGUAUGGCUCAAAAUAUCUUUGUAAUGUUUUGAUUAACUUUGUUUCCCCACUUCAGUUUAUAAUGUGCCAGGGAUGGGUUCAUGCAUCUUUUUAAUUGAGGCUUCUGAGAAAUAACAAGACAGUAAAAUAAAAUAAUGUAUGUGUUUUUGACAAUAUGAAAAAAUGUAUUUAGCAUUAACAUCAUAAGGAAUACAGAGGCUGUCCUGCGUUUUGAACUCCCAUUAUACAAAAAAAUCACUGUAUUCAUUUUUAAUCUGCUCUCCCUCUUCCCCACCCUUCCCACAAGUGUUUGUUAUUAAGAUGCUAACCUAUUUUCUGGGCAGUCGACUAUGGCGUCACCGAGCCAAAAGCCAGUGUUGAAUGUAAUGAAACACCAUUUUCUGGGUAAGCCCCGUAGGCUCCCUGAAGCUAUCCAAACUGAUAAGAGCUACAUUAGCUACUGCCCGGCCUUGGUUUCUGGAGCUGUUUGCUCGGUGUCUGACCUAGGUGUUGUCUGCUGUUCAGCGUUUUUCGGAGAUUCGGCCUGGUGGUGUGCUUUACUGGUUCAACCCUCUCCACCACCCUGUCUGCUGUUUUUAUCAACCUGUCUGUGGUGAUCAGGUGGCUUCUUAUAAGUGUCCCACCUGUAGUUCUCCUGGUGACAGUAUGAAGUCUUUGUACUUUGUCAUUGUUCUUCGGUUUCCAAGUGGGUUGUCUUGACCUUUCUUGGCCGUUUCUUGCAUGGUGUUUUAUGCCGAAUACUGUCGCUUCUCGUAUGGUAUUGGCAGAAUCUCUCUUGCUUGCGAAUAACAUGUCUUUGGCCCCAUUUUGCAAAGUUUCUCACGCUUUGUUUCACCUCUGGCCUGCUCAUGUGCCAUCUGAGCCUGCCUGGUCUCUGGAUUGGGGUAUUUCUUUCUGUCUUCUGCUCAGUUUAUGGGGUUCCUCCAGUCCAAGAUUGUUUCUUGAAAGCUGUGUUUUUGCUUUGGUCUCUGAUUGUCGGGUGGGUGGGCUUCAGACUCUUCUCCAGUGCCGGGGGUUCUUAUUCCUUUGGGCCUGGUUGGUGUUAGGUUGCAGUCGGGUCCUUCUUUUCUGGCAAAGAUUGAGUCAAUGGGCUUCUGGAGGGGUCCUUUGGUCAUGGGUUCUUGGUUCAGCCAGGGGUGCAUCAUGUGCAUUGUCUGGUGGCGACUUUCUGCUGCUACCUUCAUGCCACCGUUUCUGAGUUAGUGGCCUUGUUUUGGGCUGAUCCAGUUUUCCUUGUUCCUUGUUCCAGGGCUCGUGUUCUCUGGUCGUCCUCAGUGUCAUUAAGUCUAGCCAGCCUGGGGGGUCUACCCUCAUGCCCAGAUGUCCGCAAGUAUGCCACUGUUGGCUGUGUUUGUCCAUAUGCCUUGGGCCAAUAUUUGGGAGCGGGAAUUUUGACAGUGGAAUAGGGUUGUGGCAGCCUGGUAUCUUGUGACUGUUCUGGUCCUCGGCAGCCUUGUGUUGCCUUGGGUUAUGUUCACGGUCAACUGUUCAUCUUCGACUUGUUGUUGAUGAACAGUUUAACCUCUUCAUUCAAAGUUGUUACUUCUUCAUUGCCAUUCCUGGUCGCUUGACCGUGUCCUCACCUUUCUCUCCUCUUCUCGGUUUCCAGCUUCAGUCCUGGAUACCCUUCUCAAGGUGGCAUUUCUGCUGGCUCUUGCCUUCAUUUAUUGGGUUGGGAAGCAUCAUGAUCUUCUUUGGAGGUGGGCGUUUUCUUUAUCUGCAUGCCAUCUCCUUCUUUUCUGCUGAAGAAUAAGUUGGCAGGCUUCCAGAGAGGUCUUUUAACGAUUGAUAUUUGGUUGGUUUGGCCAGCAGUGCGUCAUUUGCUGUGUUUGGUGACGGCUCUUUGUCCCUAUCUUUGUGCCACUGAUUCUGCCCUGGUGGAUGCCUUAUGUGUUGAUUUUUUCCUUGUCCAUGUUCCAAGGGCUCUCAUUUCUCAGAUUGUCUGCAGUGUUAUUAAGUGUAGCCAGCAUGCAAUAUACCCUUGUACCCCAUGAUGUUCGCAAAUAUGCUGCGCUGGUUACGUUGUUUUCUAACAUUUCCUAGGUUGGUAUUUGGGUAUGUGGAUUUUGGUGAUCUACCAGGGUCUUGAUGGCCCAGUAUUUAAUCAAUGUUCCUGGGCCCAGAUGUCCCUAUGUUGCUUUAGGGGGUGUUUUCCAGCCGUGGGUCUCUUCCUCACUUUAGCAUCUGCCAUCUCUCCUCCCUGGUGAGUCACUAGAUUUUCUUUUCUGUGGUCAGUUAGCUUCAGGAAGCCACUAAGGGGCUUCUUCAGAAAACUAGCAUUGAAUGUAAUGAAAUGCAUGUUUCUGGUACAGCUCCAGUGAUGCCCUGACUCCUUCCUCUCUAGGUAGUCAGUUGGCAGUUGUACGGUUCAUCUGCUCCAGAACCGACUUGGGAGAGUUGACGUAGGACCAGGGGUCUGGGCCCCAUGGUGGCGGUGUUUUGGUACUAAAGGGCUUGAGCUAGUUUAGAGUGAUUCAAUUGUUUUGUUUGAACUGUUUGGUGAGUGAAUUUUGAGGGUUUUGAGGCUUCUGUUCAUGUGAAUCUUGCAGUUGUUUAUAAUGCUUUGCUGAUUUUCUGGAUGCUUUCCCGGUAAAGUGGUGAGAUGUUACUUGCUCUCUGCACCUUUGUGGGGAAAGGGGGAGGGGAGGGGGGGGGAGUAGGUCACAUCUAGUAGAUAGAAGCAACCUCAGAAAUAGCUUCAAGGAGCCACCAGGGCUCUACUGGAAAGAGGCGUUUCAUUACAUUCAAUGCUGGGUUUUUUAACUAUUGUAAUUGUAAUCAAGAAAGAUGUAACUCAAAUGUUGUAAAGCUCAUUUGACCUUGCAGGAAGUUCAACAGGUGAUGUUUCUUUCAGCAUCAAUAUAAUCUUUAUCACCUCUCAGUAUUAAUGAAUUCCGGCAGAUAAAUGUGUAAGUUCAUUCUUUUUGUCAGAAAAAAAUACACUUUGAAUGAAGAGGUUAAUUAAAUAGAAGCAAAAAUAGUGUUGGGUAUUGGGAGAGUAUUUAUAUCAUUACUGGUAGGAAAUAAUGAACAUUUAUUUGCUAAAAGAUAUCCAGUGUUAUUCCCUGUAAAAUUGAAUGACUUUAAUUAAGCAUUAUAAAUUUAUCAGAGAAUUAAUUUACAUUGUAUAUGAAAUAAGAAAAUACUUUUAUUUUAGUAGGUAAGGAAAAUAGAUAUCUUAUUUAAUUUUUCUGGUACAGUAUGUUAAAAUUUUAGGUACUAUUUUGAAUAUUGAAGUACUUUUAAAUUGUAUCGUACAUAUACGAUACAAUUUGUACACAAAUUGUCUACAAGUUGUAUUUGUAAAGCCUAUACUAUUCUGGCAAGUAGCAUCCAUGCAUAAUACAACAUUUUGCAUGAAAGCCGUGUAUGAUGCUUUUGCUUUUUACUUUUAUUCUAAUUAUAUUCUUCAAAAUUUUGAGUUAAGUUUAUUAGCAAGUAUUAACAAGUAGAUACUUGCUAAACACUUGUUCAUUAGCAAGUAUUAACAAGUUGAUACUUGCUAAACACUUGUUCAUUAGCAAGUAUUAACAAGUUGAUACUUGCUAAACACUUGUUCAUUAGCAAGUAUUAACAAGUUGAUACUUGCUAAACACUUGUUCAUUAGCAAGUAUUAACAAGUUGAUACUUGCUAAACACUUGUUCAUUAGCAAGUAUUAACAAGUAGAUACUUGCUAAACACUUGUUCAUUAGCAAGUAUUAACAAGUUGAUACUUGCUAAACACUUGUUCAUUAGCAAGUAUUAACAAGUUGAUACUUGCUAAACACUUGUUCAUUAGCAAGUAUAAACAAGUAGAUACUUGCUAAACACUUGUUUCAAAAUUGUGACAAAGAGGCAAAGAGCAAAGUUGCUUAACAAGAUCUAAGAACCAUAAAUUAUAUUCUCAAAUAAUAAUUCUGCUUAAAUCUAUUCUGAAAAGAUUAGAACUGUUGUAAUAUCUUGUGUUUGAAGAUAUUUUGGUCCAGUAUUGCAUUCAGGCUCUUGACUUUGUUCCUUUUACAGUAUUUGUUUAGCAUUAAUUCUCAGUGGAUUAAUUAACUUAGGCAAUAGUUUUUGGUAACUAUAAAAUACUAACCCAAACAAAGUGAUUGACAAGCAAAAUAAUACUACUGUUUCAGGCUAGUUUUAGCUGAGCUAAGCUAACUUAGCCUUGUGGGAAAUGUGUUGUUAAAGCAAAAUUUUUAUUUUUUCCAUAAAACAAAAUUGGAUGCUCAUCAGUAUUCUGUAGGUGUUUAAAACCCAAGUAAUUUAAUGAUUUUCAUGUGGAUUACUGUUAUAAGGAAGUGGAAGUGUUCAGUAAUUUUAACUUGCAACAUUGAGGCUUUGUCAUUGGUUGAUCUCCUGGCCAGCUGCUCUUAUUGGUUGAUCAUCUCCUGGUCAACUGCUCUUAUUGGUCCAUCUCCUGGCCAGCUGCUCUUAUUGGUCCAUCUCCUGGCCAGCUGCUCUUAUUGGUCAUUUGCUGAUUUUUUAUUAUUACUCAGUUUUUAUACCAAUGAUGUAAAAUGGUUAUAAUACACUUGUAUGAAUGUAAUGGAGUUAACCAAAACCCAUGACAAAAUUCUAUCAUUUUAUACUUACUUACUAUGCAAUGAUUUUACCUUACUAGUGACCUAGUUAUUGUCAAUAUAUUGUUGUCAUAAGGUCAACAAUUUUGCCUUAUUUUGCUGGUGUUAUCAUGUCUGGAGAACAGUCCCAGACUCAAGUGCAGAAAGUGUGGGUUGCAAGGCUUGCUUUGAGCUGUGCCAGGGAAACCUUGGUGUAAUAUAGGUGUACGUGUUAUAUUGAAGAACGUUAUACAGUACUCAUGGUUUUUGUUGAGUACAUAGAUGGGUUAUUAGAUUACAAACACAAAUGUUUGUGUUGAAUAUGUAAUGGACAUAAAAACCACUAAAGAGGAGGAGUUGAUUCCUCUCCUUUUUCCCUUAGACUAGUGUGUCUGCAAACAGUAUAUGUGGAGUGACCCAACACACCAGUACGUGUGGAGUGACCCGGCACACCAGUACGUGUGGAGUGACCCGGCACACCAGUACGUGCGGGGUGACCCGACACACCAGUACGUGCGGGGUGACCCGACACACCAGUACGUGCGGGGUGACCCGGCACACCAGUACGUGUGGGGUGACCCGGCACACCAGUACGUGUGGGGUGACCCGGCACACCAGUACGUGUGGGGUGACCCGGCACACCAGUACGUGUGGGGUGACCCGGCACACCAGUACGUGUGGGGUGACCCGGCACACCAGUACGUGCGGGGUGACCCGGCACACCAGUACGUGCGGGGUGACCCGGCACACCAGUACGUGCGGGGUGACCCGGCACACCAGUACGUGCGGGGUGACCCGGCACACCAGUACGUGCGGGGUGACCCGGCACACCAGUACGUGCGGGGUGACCCGGCACACCAGUACGUGCGGGGUGACCCGGCACACCAGUACGUGCGGGGUGACCCGGCACACCAGUACGUGCGGGGUGACCCGGCACACCAGUACGUGCGGGGUGACCCGGCACACCAGUACGUGCGGGGUGACCCGGCACACCAGUACGUGCGGGGUGACCCGGCACACCAGUACGUGCGGGGUGACCCGGCACACCAGUACGUGCGGGGUGACCCGGCACACCAGUACGUGCGGGGUGACCCGGCACACCAGUACGUGCGGGGUGACCCGGCACACCAGUACGUGCGGGGUGACCCGGCACACCAGUACGUGCGGGGUGACCCGGCACACCAGUACGUGCGGGGUGACCCGGCACACCAGUACGUGCGGGGUGACCCGGCACACCAGUACGUGCGGGGUGACCCGGCACACCAGUACGUGCGGGGUGACCCGGCACACCAGUACGUGCGGGGUGACCCGGCACACCAGUACGUGCGGGGUGACCCGGCACACCAGUACGUGCGGGGUGACCCGGCACACCAGUACGUGCGGGGUGACCCGGCACACCAGUACGUGCGGGGUGACCCGGCACACCAGUACGUGCGGGGUGACCCGGCACACCAGUACGUGCGGGGUGACCCGGCACACCAGUACGUGCGGGGUGACCCGGCACACCAGUACGUGCGGGGUGACCCGGCACACCAGUACGUGCGGGGUGACCCGGCACACCAGUACGUGCGGGGUGACCCGGCACACCAGUACGUGCGGGGUGACCCGGCACACCAGUACGUGCGGGGUGACCCGGCACACCAGUACGUGCGGGGUGACCCGGCACACCAGUACGUGCGGGGUGACCCGGCACACCAGUACGUGCGGGGUGACCCGGCACACCAGUACGUGCGGGGUGACCCGGCACACCAGUACGUGCGGGGUGACCCGGCACACCAGUACGUGCGGGGUGACCCGGCACACCAGUACGUGCGGGGUGACCCGGCACACCAGUACGUGCGGGGUGACCCGGCACACCAGUACGUGCGGGGUGACCCGGCACACCAGUACGUGCGGGGUGACCCGGCACACCAGUACGUGCGGGGUGACCCGGCACACCAGUACGUGCGGGGUGACCCGGCACACCAGUACGUGCGGGGUGACCCGACAGUCAUGCCGACCGCAUUUGUCAACAUUUCACCAAACCAGAAACUGAAUUGAUAUAAAAAAUUAGACUGUGCCUUUUUAUUAAGUUAAUUUACACACAAGUAAGGUGACAAUUUUGAUGAUAGUUGCAUGUUAAAGGUUAAAUUCUAAAUAAACCUAAAGAAACCAAUAUUUUAUAUAUUGAUAGGAGCAUCCAUUUGUUAUUAUUGAUGUAACAAUAAUAUACAAAUAAUAGUUUAAUAUGCAUCCCUGCAUCUCUCAACAAAUAUGAUAUUACGUUAAAUAAAAUAAGAUCAUUAAUAAGUCUCUAGCUUUGAUGGUAAGGUGUAUUAGAAAGUUUACAAUGGUGAUCAUGGUUAUGUAUUCCACUCAAAUGUAUUCAUAAGUAAACGCAAACUUUAAUAUAGUACCGUUAUUGGUCCGAUUUGUGUUCGAGGCGUGAGAUGAGGAAAAUAUAAAAGUUCAGAGCUUUGAGCAAAGAACUUGGAACACCUCUAUGAAUAACAAUUGUAAAGUAGGUUAUUCUUUCCUAACAUAAACUGGAUUUGAUUUCAGUCAAGAAUCAUUUGUAAAUCUUAAGAGUAUGUGUUUGUAGUACAUAAUUUAAGAGAAUUGAUUACUCCAUUUUUAUAUUUGGUUACUUUCAUAAAAAUAAGCUGAGGGUGUUUAUCCAAAGAAUAUAUUAGCAAUUUUUAAUGUUUAUACUUUGACUGCUCAAGUGCCAAGUGUUGCCAAUGUUUUGGGAUAGGACUGGAUGCCAGGGAAGAGGGCAGUGCUGCAGCCCGAUGUGAUCUAAUAUGGGUGAAACUAUUCUGAGCGGCUAGCAACAGGCAGCCAUCAAGGAUCGGCCAGAAAGAUGUUUCAUUACAUUUGAUGCUGGUUUUUUCUUUCAAUACAAGCCCCUUGAGUUGGCAAAUAAUUUAUGCUAGAAGUCUGUGAAGAGUUGUAAAUGUGUCUUUGCUUGCAGUAUAACAAAAGUUUGUCUUGGCGUCAAACAAGAUGUGUGCAUCUGUCAGCAAUCUCGGUAGUGUUCUGACAGGUCCGUGCACUAUGUAUCUGCCAGCAAUCUCGGUAGUGUUCUGACAGGUCCGUGCACUAUGUAUCUGCCAGCAAUCUCGGUAGUGUUCUGACAGGUCCGUGCACUAUGUAUCGGCCAGCAAUCUCGCUGCAGCUCUGACACAUGGGUUAUAGAUUCAAUCACCUGGGCAAUUGGACAAGACCCUUCUUGGUAAUAUGAUUCUUCAUGUGGUAAUGUAUAUUAUGGCCUUUGUGUCAGCAUAUUUGUCAGUGCCUUUUAUAAGCCAUUUUUGCCAUUUUUAAAACAAUCUUUUUCUUGAUCAUAGCUAUGACUCUCCUGUCAUUGUAAGUUAAAAUACAUAAAAUUAUAUGGAUGUUCACUUAAAUUGGAAUUGUGAAAUUUGAGAUUGUGUUUAGUUAGAUCUCUUGUGUUCUAUAUGGUGAGUUUUGAGAACUGGCUGCUUUGCAAGUGUAAAAGUUGAGCAGCAAGUGUAAGAGUCUGCGAGGAAUAACUGUCAUUGGAAGUAUGACAAUAUGAACAGUUUUUCUGGGAGUCCCUUAGUUGCUCCCUGAAGCUAUUUCACUGAGCUGGUCCCCAAUACUGGGUCACAUCAAUUGCACGAGUCCUGUUUGGGCCUACCUAAGUCUAGAGGCAGAAGCUGGCUUCCCUCACACAGGUGCACAGAGCAGGCAACUAUUAUCACCCCUCACUUAGAAAACAUCCAGAAAUUUGGUGAAGCUUUGUAGACGACUACAAGAUUCAUAGAAAAUGAAGCAUCAAAACAGCCAAAUGACUCUGCAAACAAUUCAAACUAUACAAUUGGUACACUGGAAACUAGCUCGAACUAGUUUGCCAUCACCAGGUGGCCAGAAGUCCUGACUCGCAGCCAGCUCCAAUGGUCAGUCCUGUUGCUUAUGUGGUUGAUUAAACCCAUAGUGGGCUCCCAGGUGAUUGUUCAUUGCAGUGGAUUCCAUUGUUUCUUGACCAGGUGCCAUCCAUCCUUUGGACUUUGUCAUGCAGAAGCCAUUUACUUUUCCUUUGUUUGGAUUUUUUUGGGUUUGUUUCAUGUGCCCGUUUUCUUCCUGGUUUUGUUCCCGGUUUGGUGCCUUCCUCUUGAUAAUUACUUACUUAUUUCCUGAUUUUGUUGUGUAGAUUUUGCUUGUUUUGUGUUUCAAGCUGCAUGCACACAGGGUUUACUUCUCUGGCUGAUCGUUUAAUGCUGCUCCUGCACUGAUAGUUCCUUUCCUUUAGGGGAGCCCCAAUGGCUCCCUGAAGCUGUCUUCCCUGAUUGAGUGCCAUACUACCUAGCGUCAUCAGUUGUGGAGUUCUUUUUGUGUACCGGGAUCACGAGCUAAAACUUAGACUUCCCAGAGAGGUGCAGAGAGCGAUGGCCUGCGAUCACUUUACAUUUAUAGGAUAUCAUCUUUGCCUUCAACAGAGAAGGCACCCAAAAAAGAUAGGUGAAUCAAAGCAACCACUGUGCCUAGUUUAAAAUCAUGACCAAAGUCCCCAAAAUGCCAAAAGAACUCGGUAAUAAAAAAACGACCAAAACUUAGUGAAAUGAGCCCCCAGAAAUCAACUCCACCUCCCCCUCAUUAGGGGGAGGUGGAGCCUCUUGGGGGAGCCUGGGCUGACUGGUUUCAGUUCUUUACUGAGAAACACACCACCAACUUGGGGGCGAGAGGGUGUCAGGGAGCCUCCGGAGCUCGCCCAGAAACUGGCGUUUCAGUACAUUCAGUGCUGUUUUUUUUUUGCGUGUGUUCAGGAGUUUGCCCCCAAGAGGCCUGGCCACUGGGGGUGGAGAACCUCACUGGACAGUUUGAAUUGUUGAAUCUUGUGUAGGCCCUUGGUUGUGUGGGGUGUGCACUAGGGUACAUGCUUGUUUAUAUGGCAAACCAGAAACACACUUUGCAGCCUGUAAAAAUGCAUUGUUACAGGCUGCGUUUGGUAUCUGUUCUAUUGACGAGCGUCCCUAAUUCCUGGGUGCCCUACUUGGCUAGUUACCUUCAUGCCCUUGUAAUUCCCCUGCAAGUCUGUGUUAGGUCAAAUAGGCCACAACUUGCAAAUUCGGUGACAAGGUUUAAAGAAUUCUGAUAGUUAUCUAGGAGCAGUUCUAGAUAAAAAACUGUCACUUGAAGAGCACAUAAAGAACUUUGUGUGAGUAGUGUAUGCUACGCUUUCUAGCUUUAGAACCGCUUUUAAAUACAUGGAUGGAGAAAUAUUAAAGAAUUUAUUUACCUCUAGCAAUGCACUUUGCUGGUUCAACCUUCUCCUUUGCACUAUGCAUCUAGUUUUUCUGAUGCAGGACUAUUGCCAUACGUCAUGUGAGCAGGUACAUGGUUUAUUGGUGUCCCAUCUACAUCUUUUUGCAGAAUCAGUAUGACAUUGCAUAGUGCUAGUUACAUCUCUUUGUUGCCUGUCUUUGGUUUCAAUCCAGGUGGUUCUGUCCUUUUUGUCAUUGUUUUUUGGAUCAGUGUCUUGUGUAUAAUACUGUUAAUUCUCAUCAUUCAGCAUUGGCAGAGCCUCUGUUGUUUGUGUUCGGCAUAGAUAAGAUUUUGUUCCAUUCCACAAAUUGUUUCGGGCAUUCUUUCACCUCUGGCUGGCUCAUUGCUCCUCCUGAGCCAUCUUAGACUUUCAACAGGUUGGUUUUUCUUUCCUCUCCUUGGUUAACAGUUGCUCCUUCAGAUAGGAAUAUUUUUUGCAAAGCUGUGUUUUUUGUUGGUGCUUGCCUCCUACUGUAGGGUUGGGGAGUUCCAUGCUCUUCUGAGGAGGUGGGGGUCUGUUUCUUUGGACCUGGUGAGCAGUUUGUUUGCAACCUUCUCCUCCUUUUCUUGUAAGGAACAAGUGGGCUGGCUUCUAGAGGGAACCCUUUGAUUGACACUUGGUUGGUGCAACCAGAGGUGCAUAAUUUGUUUUGUCUGGUGGUGGUGCUUUGCCAUUAACUGUGUGCCACCAGUUCUGCCUCAGUGGAUUCCCUGUUGGGAAACCGUUUCUUUGGUCCCCCUGUUCCCUGCCUAAUAUUUCUCGAGUUGUCUACAGUAUCACCAAAGCUAGCCAGCCUGCAGUCUAACCUCGAGCCUAUGAUGUUCAUAAAUAUGUAGCAUUGGCUGCUGUCGUCUCCAAAAUGUUGUGGGCUGAUAUUCAGGCUCGAGGUUGUUUGGAAGUGUAACAUGGUCAUGGCUGCCCAGUACUUGGUUACUGGUCCCAAUUAAUAUUGUAUGGAACUAUGCUGGGUUUCCCAGUCUGUGGUCCGUUCUUUGUAAUAGUACCUGCCAUCUCUUCCUCCCUUGUAAUCUCACUUUCCUGUUUUUCUGUAGUUAGCUGCAGAGAACUAUCAAUGUGCUCCUCCCAGAAAAUUAGCACUGAAUGUAAUGCAGUGCCUCUUUCUGGUAGAGCCCCCGGUAGCUCCUGACUUCAUUAUAUUUUUUUUUUUUUUUUUUUUUUUGAGAUAUAUACAAGAGUUGUUACAUUCUUGUACAGCCACUAGUACGCGUAGCGUUUCGGGCAAGUCCUUAAUCCUAUGGUCCCUGGAAUACGAUCCCCUGCCGCGAAGAAUCGUAAACUCAUCAGUUCAUUGUCCAUCAGCUCCAGACUGGCUAUUGGAGUGGGCUGUGGGCUUGGGCUUGGGCUCUGGACCACCUGGUGGCUGCUGUCGGUACUAACAGGUUUGAACUAGUUUCGAGUGGACCAAUUGUUUAGUUUGAAUAAUUUAGAGAGCCGUUUGGCCAUCUUGAUGCUUCAUUUUUAUGAAUUUUGCAGUUGUAUGUAAAGCUUCGCUGACUUUCUGGAUAUUUUCCCAGUGAGGGUAGUGGUAAUAGUUCCCUGCUCUAUGCAUCUGUGAGAGGAGGGGUGGGGGAGAGGGCCUUGUUCUGGCUCUUUCUAUGGUAGGCCAAACAGGACUCUUGCGAUCGAUGUGACCCAGUAGUGGGAAGCCUUCUCAGCGAGAUGGCUUCAGGAAGCCACUGGGGCUCUAGCAGAAAAAGAUAUUUCAUUACAUUCAGUGUUGUUUAUUUUCAUAGAACUUGCUGUGAAGAUAGGGAAGGUAACUCCCCAUUUUGUGUUAUUGGGGUUCUGAUGCUCUCUUCUGUGCCCUUCAAGUUACUGUACUGUAUUUAUAAAUUACCACAAUAUGGCUGAAAUGUACAGCAAAUGCCUUUUUAUAUAUACGGAUUAAUUAUAGGCUUUCAUUUGUUAUGGAGAGUUGACCUGCCUCCAUUAUGGAGAGUUGGCGCUGCCUCCAUUAUGGAGAGUUGGCGCUGCCUCCAUUAUGGAGAGUUGGCGCUGCCUCCAUUAUGGAGAGUUGGCGCUGCCUCCAUUGUGGAGAGUUGGCGCUGCCUCCAUUGUGGAGAGUUGGCGCUGCCUCCAUUGUGGAGAGUUGGCGCUGCCUCCAUUGUGGAGAGUUGGCGCUGCCUCCAUUAUGGAGAGUUGGCGCUGCCUCCAUUAUGGAGAGUUGGCGCUGCCUCCAUUAUGGAGAGUUGGCGCUGCCUCCAUUAUGGAGAGUUGGCGCUGCCUCCUUUAUGGAGAGUUGGCGCUGCCUCCUUUAUGGAGAGUUGGCGCUGCCUCCAUUAUGGAGAGUUGGCGCUGCCUCCACAAUAGGUCAGAAAAAUGACAGCUUAGCUGAUGAAGACUUCUAGUCCUACUAACACCAAAUAUAUGUUUAAUAAUAA